GAGGACAUGUUGUCUGAAGGUCCCAAUCAAAUAGUAAAAUUUUACAUUAUAAUGUUAAAAAAAAUAAUAAUAAUUGUCCAAACAGAAAAGUGCUCAUAAAAUCACUAUACAUUUUCUUCCUAAACAGAACAGAGCAGAGAGCUUCUUUUCUUCUUCUGGAGGGUUCAGAUUAUUCUUUAUUACUAUAUUCUCUAAUGGCAACUCUCUCAGAGUCUCUCCGUUCACCCUAUUUACUCUUUACGACUUUUUUCCUUCUUUCCCUUCUUCUCCUCUUCUUCUCUCCGUUAUUCCAACAAAACCCUUUCGCUCUCAAUUACUUCUCUUCCUCCACCACCACCACCACCGCUACUACAAUUACUCUUCCAUCUACACUCCCACAAACAAACCUCGUAUCUCCGGCACCGGCUCCGGCUCCGGCGCCGACCCAGUAUCACCAACCGUACCUUCAGCCUAAACCCACCAACAGAAAUAAGAGCAAUACAGAGAGAAUUGAAGAAGAUUUAGCGAGAGCCAGAGCAGCUAUACGCAAAGCCAUCGUUACAAAGAACUUUACAUCCGAUAGAAAUGAGAUUUACAUCCCUAGAGGAAGCGUGUACAGAAAUCCAUAUGCUUUUCAUCAGAGUCAUAUAGAGAUGGUCAAGAGAUUCAAGAUAUGGGCUUACAGGGAAGGAGAUCUACCAAUGGCUCAUAACGGCCCAACAACAUACAUAUACUCCAUUGAAGGCCAAUUCAUUUUCGAGAUGGAAACUCGGCCAAGCCCAUUUAUGGCCCAACAUCCGGAUGAGGCCCAUGCAUUUUUCAUACCUUUGAGUGUCUCCAAAAUCACAGAUUACCAAUUCAGACCUCACCAUGAAACAUUUUUUCAUCGCUUGGUUCGAAUUUUCAAAGACUAUAUCUUUGUUAUUGCUGAUAAAUACCCUUAUUGGAAUAGAAGCAGUGGAGCUGACCAUUUCAUGGUUUCUUGUCAUGAUUGGGCAUCAAUAAUUGAACGUAACAACCACAAGCUCUAUGAGAACUUCAUGAAAGUGCUAUGCAAUGCUAACACCUCUGAAGGAUUCAAGCCCACAAGAGAUGUCUCAAUACCAGAAUACAACUUGAAGGCAUUCAAUCUUGGUCCGCCCCGUCUCGGUCAGCCACCAGAUAAGCGGCCGAUUCUUGCUUUCUUCGCAGGUGCAGCACACGGUGACAUAAGGGACAUUUUGUUCAAGUAUUGGAAGGACAAAGAUGGGGAAGUCCAAGUGUAUGAAAAUCUUGACAAGAAGAAGAACUACCAUGGACUAAUGGGACAAACUAAGUAUUGCUUGUGCCCAAGUGGGUCAGAAGUUGCAAGUCCUAGAGUGGUGGAGGCAAUGUAUGCAGGGUGUGUUCCAGUGCUUAUUUCUGACUACUAUGCGGUACCCUUUGAUGAUGUGCUUGAUUGGAACAAGUUUUCUGUACAAAUCCCACCAAAGAGAAUACCUGAAAUAAAGACAAUCUUGAAGGGAAUUCCAUAUAAGAAGUAUUUGAAGUUGCAGAAGAGGGUUAUGCAAGUUUCAAGGCAUUUUGAAUUGAACAGACCCGCUAAACCAUUUGAUGUGUUUCACAUGGUUCUUCACUCUGUCUGGCUUAGAAGACUCAAUUUUAGGUUGCCAGUGGCCAUUUAAACUUUAAUUAAUCUUUUGCAUCAUUUCACUGUUAUUUAACAUUGCUUUUGUAUACCAUGCAGAGCCAUUUUAUAAUUCAUUCUGGGCUAGUAGUUUUCUAUUACUUUUCCUGAUGUGUAAUAUUCAAUUUGUUGUUAUUAUUAUUAUUUUUUAAAGAAGUUUUCUUUAAGAGGACA